CGACAAUGGUCUAGGCUUCAAUAGUACUCUCGGUGAUGGCGGCUUCAACAGUACCCUUGGCGACGGCGGCCUAGACGAUGACACACAUGAUGAUACCCAGGAUGACCCUCAUGACGACACUCAUGACGACACUCAUGAUGGCCUCGACGAUCAAGUCGACGAUGAAGUCGACGACGGCCUUGGCCCCGGCCCAACCGUCGAUCUGGACUACUCUCGAUACAAGGGCAACUACAUUUCCAAUGGCAUCCACGAAUUCGUCGGGAUGCGUUACGCCAGACCUCCCACGGGCGACCUUCGAUGGCGAGCCCCCGUCAACCCGGAACACACCACCGAAACACAGAGCGCGAAGAAGUUCCGCACUAUUUGCUUAGCCACCAACCACAAACUCGGCGGAACCGUAUCGGGCGAGGACUGUCUCUUCGUGAACGUAUGGAGCCCAAACGUCACGGCAGACGCGAAGCUCCCUGUCAUGGUCUUCAUCCAGGGCGGUGGCUACACGUUGCUCGCGAGGCCAUGGAUCAACGGCUCGGAAAUCAUUGAGACGUCGGGCCAGAACAUGGUCUUGGUCACGUUCCACUACCGUACCGGCCUCUUUGGCUUCCUCGCCGGAGCCGAUGUCAAGAACGACGGCAACCUCAACGCCGGUCUUUUGGAUCAACGCUUUGUCUUUGAGUGGGUGCAGAGACACAUCUCAAAGUUUGGUGGUGAUCCCAACCACGUCGUCAUCCAAGGCUCUUCGGCCGGUGGUGGCUCCGUAGCCCUCCAACUGGCCGCGAACGGAGGCCGCGAUGACGGCCUGUUCAUCGGCGCCAUCAUGGAAUCCCCCUUUCUCCCCAGCCAGCGCAGCAUUUCGGAUCUCGAGUUCCAGUACGACCACGUCGUGUCAAGCGCAGGUUGCAACGACGCCGCCAACAAGAUUCAAUGCCUCCGCGGAAAGACGCUGGAGGAGCUCCAGGGCAUCAACCUCUCGUGGGAAUUGCCCGGCCGCACCAACAAGCCCUUGUUCUACUUCGGGCCUUGCACCGAUGGGGAGUUUCUGCGCGAUACGCCGUAUGCCAUGUACGACCGAGGAGCUUUUGUCAAGGUGCCCGUCCUGAUCGGACAUUGCACAGAUGAGGGAUCCGUCUUCGCCACAAACGCCUCCAACACCCUCGAGUUCGUCGACUUCAUGCAGGACAACUAUCCCGGCCUCACCGUCGACAGCACCAACGCCAUGCUUGAGCACUAUCCCCUCGAGGACUCUCUCCCUAAACACGCCUCCUGGUUCCCCUCGGCUUCGCGUGCCUUUGGCGAAGCCACCUUCAUCUGCCCAGCCAACAACUUCCUCAACGCCUUCGCCGCCGCCAACGCUCCCUCCGCCAACGCUGCAAACAUCUUCUCCUACCGCUACAACCUCCGUGACAAGGGGUCCAUGGAUAACGGCCUCGGCGUCAAGCACCUCUUCAACGGCCCUGCCGUCUUUGGCGCCAAGGAUAAUCCCCACGCCCCCAGCUUCACCACCUACAACGCCCCCAUCAUUCCCAUCGCCAUGAAAUAUUGGAUCAGCUUCGUCCGCGCUCUCGACCCUAACCCCUACCGAGACAGCGCUGCUCCUCAAUGGCUCCCCUGGGGCCAGACUCGAAGCCGUAUGGUUCUCCAGCUCCACGACUCUGGCUCUGCCAUGGAGGCCGUCUCCCAGAAUGAGACGGAACGCUGCGACUUUUGGCAUGGCCUAAGUAGGGUAAUACAUCAGUAAUCGUGAUGCUCAUGGCGGAUAUACGAUAACGUUUUCAGGGUACAUAGACAUGGUAGUUUAAUCUUUUUUGCCUCUUUCAA